GUUCACACGUCAGACCACAGCAGAGCUCUGCCGUACCUGCAAAACUUUGGGAAACACAAGUGUCUAUUGCAGCUAUGAGAAAUCGAGAUAUUUUGCACCUCGCUGCUGUAUUUUUUGUCCUCUUUAUAACCUUAAGAUUUGCCAUCAAUUCAUUUGAUGUUUGGGAGAAAGCGGCAACUAUUUUUGGGGUUGAUGACAAAGAUCAAGUCAAACCCAAAUUGAAAAAAGCCUUUUCAGAACCAACAACUGAGCCAGACUGCAGCCUCUCCAGAGUCUGUCCAUCCGACCAUUUCGCUGUGCGAAUCACCAGCGGAGCAGCAAAUGUUGUCGGGCCAAAGAUCUGUUUUGAUGGUAAAAUCAUCAUGAGUAAUGUGUUGAAUAAUGUGGGACCAGGACUGAACAUUGUGCUGGUAAAUGGUAGAAAUGGAAAAGUGGAGAAAUAUGGCUACCUUAAUAUGAAUAGUGGAAAGGAAAAAGACAUCCUGGCAUACCUGAAGGACAUAAAACCUGGAAUGAUUGCUUUGGUGGCCUCGUUUGAUGAUGUGACAACAAAAAUGACAGACGAAAUGAGGGAGGUGUUUGUCGGAAUGGGAAGCACUUUGAUCAAGUCUUUAAAGCCCAGAGAUGGCUGGGUGUUUGCUGGGAGAGCAGGGACAGAAAACAAAAGCCUCCUCGAGAAGCAAGCUGUUAGCGACGAUAACACCAACAUUUACGAAAAAUGGCCAGAGAUGGUGGAGGUAGGCGGCUGUAUCCCGAGGACCCCGACUGAGCAUAAAGAACCCGAGGAAUGAAAAGAAGAAUAUUUAGGAUUUCCAUUGAAGAAAUGACGCCACUUUCUGAAACCCGUUUGAACGUUACUGACAAUGUGGAUACAUUAUUUAUUGAGUUGCGCUUCUUCACGUUGUGGUUUUACUACCUCUGGCUGUCUGCUAAGUGCAUUACAGCAUCACCCUGGAAGAUGGAUCCACCUCUGUCACUCUUACUGGAGUUUUUCCUUAUUUUUAUCUCAGGACCUCGUACAUAUUGUAAAGAUGUCUGACGCAACAUUUUCCUUUGUGAUUCCAAGCUUUAUAAAUACAAUGUACUGAACUUCCCUAGGGCUGUUGUUAAUAGUAUUGAAAGAACGGAAUGAAAUGAAAGCAUUUCACGCACUGACAGACGUGAGUUACUAGUAGACUAUACGUUUAAUGGGACCUUUUUUUAAAUCUCACCUUGUCUUUACUUUCCACCGAAGCACAUUUGUUUACUUUUGUCUUCUGUGCGGUACACCGGUAAUGUAAGAAGUACAUAACUAUAGUCCAUGAAGGCUGUUUCAAGUGUAAUCAUUUUUAAUCAGCUAGCGCUAGUUGGAGCUACUUCAUGUACAGUUCGCUAAUUCAGUUUACCUGCCUGGCCUCCUGCAGAGGAUUAAGGGAUAACACACACAAUAUUCUUCCAGCAUUUUUCGGCCUGUUCUCGGGGUUUGUCUUGGAGAAUUAUUAUCAUCCCAAGCACAGAACAUAUUCCUCUCUCUAGCAUUCAUGGCUGCUGGAGGAGAGAACGAGAGAGGGGGAGAGAGAAGGAGAGAGAGAGAGAGAGAGAGAGUAACCUCAAAAUAUUGUUGCAGAAGGUAAAUGCAUUCUUCUAUUCAUAUUCUUCUUUGUCUGUGAGAUACAACACAAGUCUGGUUGUGACGAUCCAGCAGAUGCGUUCAUGUGGAAAAAAUAGUUUCUUGGAAUCCAUUAUCUGUUUGAAAAGAUUGAGGCACUGUGAACUAAUGAAGAAACCUACCAUUA